AUGGAACAGCAGUUGGAUUGGCAAGAGGGGGGGUCCCAGGGACCCACGACCCUGGACCUUGAUCUGACACACAUGGGAUGUCAAUUCGAGGAAACAGAUAUUGAGGGUAACACCAGUUCCAGCGAGUUGGCACAUACGACGCCGCCAAACUAUGCCCAAAUGGAAGACAGCGAGUCUCGCGUUCAAAUCGCCGACGGGUCGGUCGUGGAGAUGUCAUCGAGCCCCGAGUUACCAAUAGAUUCCUCUAGUGAAGGCGAGGGGGGAGCGAACACUUCUGCUAAAGAGCUUGAACUUCUCAAAGUUGACCGCGAUUGGACUGUGCCAAAACCAAGUGACCCUUGGAGUCACCUUACGCCAUGGCAUCCGGAGUCUCUCAAGCAUUUCCAGAAGUUGUACCGCCAUUUGCCUUCAGCCCAAGUUCCCUCUAACAGCUCCGCGGAUGCCGCAGGGAUCGCCGCUACUCAGAGCGAUUCUGGAUAUGCGUCUAUUCCAAAGGAUGCUCCGGGAGCUACCCCAAAGCUUCAGACGGAAGUGGCUGUUCUAGAAUCUCGCAAUAUUCCAUCAGCAGCGAGUAUAUCGGAACCCAUCAUUUUUCAGAGAGCCGAGGAUACUGGGGAAAGUCAAACAGCUUACUCAGACCAAAAUUCCGAGGAUGCUAGGAGGGCUAAAGAGUACAUUUGGGAGUUCACAAAAUACCUUUACCAACGAAUUGAUCGGCAGCUCACAUCGAUGAAUCUUGAGAAGGCGAUCAAGGUGCUUCCAAAACUGUUGGGAGCAUAUGCUAAAAAGAUGGGCCAGACGUCGCUCAUACAAAUAAAUAGAGACAUAAUGUACUCUGUGUACAAACACCGAAAACUGAUACCCCAGUUGUUGAAGAUCAUCUAUGAAGAUGACCAAGCAGUGAUACGAGAGCCUGACACGGAACUGAUGUCAACAAAUGAUAAAAUAGAUCUACUCUGGAGCAAAGGAUCCGACACAGACAACCCUUCAGAUCCCGAAGGAGAUCUGGAUCUGGUUGCUAGAAUUGACGACGAUGAUGACAGCGACAACAACGACUAUCCACCAGAGGGCGACUUCUCCCAAUACCGCGAUGCGAUUAUUGAACACCCCUCCUUUGAAUGGCUCAUACAAAGGCUCUCCAUUGUGCUGAGUAUCUCUCCAACAGACUCAUACGCCAUGAUGGCUAUUAGUCAGCGUAUUGAAGAAGCUCUGCAUGAUGAUGAUAGGAUAAGCAGAACACGCGCGUUGAAGCCGUUCACGGUGAUGUUCGAGGUCAACUGCGACAUUCUUACAUUUGUACGAGAGCAACAAUAUCAUGAGCUUGCUGCCGACGUGAUACCAAAUGUGGUAGCUUUGACAGGGACUAACGCUACCAACGUACAAAUUGCAUCACCUGAACAAUAUCUUCGAAAGGUAUGGCCAACUAUAGGGUGUCAUCUUUUGGAAACUACUCAGGGAGCGCUACGAGUGUAUGAUCCCGCUUUACCAUUUCAAAACUCAGUAGCAUACACAUACGCAGAUCGCACAAAGAUAAAGGUUUCAAUUGGGGAAAGAAACUUCAGGGUUGAAACAGUCGGCACAGCUCAUUCUAUCGCAGAAAUCGCAGAGCAGAUUGGGUGGCUAGCAGCAACUCUUAGGUCCGGGGAUAGCCAUCCCCAUAUCUCGCUUUGUCGCCCGGAAAUCAUCGGCUUCAACGUCAAAAACAACCGGAAUAUGCAUGCCGAGGAAGAUGAGCUUGGAAAAACUUUUGUUUGUAAAGUGGAAGUUUUUAUUGACGAGAUUGUGCCCAACUUGCCGAGCGUCGACGGCCAAUGCUGGAUGGCAAUGUUCAACAACCCAGUUAUUGUAAAAGGCUAUCCGAUAAAUCCAAGAGAAGGUUCUAUGCCUAUAACCGGAUUGGAAAUGGCUUGGGAAGAUAUGAUAGCCUUCACGCAUACCCCACACCACGCGAUUGUUGGGGGGAAGAUCGUGAUGAAAGGGUUCUCGGAGGCAUUAAUCCCGACCGGAGUUCAUGGAGAUAUCAUCUCUUGGCACUACUUUGUUGACGAAUCUGGUGCUCGUUUCCCAUAUGGAGAUCCUCGUAUACAGCAAGGGAUGUUCGUUCCCUCAGAUCAGCUCGGGGGUACAUGUCGCCACGUUAUCGGAUGGUGUGCGAAUGCGCAGAAUAACAUAGGGUCCCCCAAUGGAAAUUAUGACAUUAAGGGAUCCGGUCUUUCAUCAGGCGGCGGAGGCCUUACCUGGGAGGGGCUUGAUAUCAAUGUGGGUGUCCAAAACUGCGCAACGGUCACUUCGACCUUGAGGAGAGGCAUGAAAGACAUGCCGAUCUGCGAGCCCUCACCGCUUUAUCGAUCCCUUGUUGAGCAUGUCGGGCAGCAUUAUUUCAUGUUGUACGAUGUUGAAGAAAGACGUGGUUACUUGUCUAACGGUCUACCCGUACUCCUUCACCUCGUCCUCGCUUCCCUACGAUGGGGGGAAAAAUAUAAUUCGCAUGACUUUUAUACAGAUGCUAUCGAGCGACUUAAAAAGAUACCUCUUUCUACCCAAGGCACACAGGCGGCAAAACAAAUUCUAUACGAUAGUGCCAACUGGGUCAUCAAGCUUCACUUGGACGAUAUAGACGACUCUACCACGAAAGAUAUUAAUCAUCUCUUGAAAGAUAGAGUGAAGAGUAUUUGUCACCUCUUAGAGGCGGCCAUCGAGAAAGCGAAUAAGGCGAUUACUCAAGGUGCCUUGAAAGGUACGCCAAAGAAUCUCUUAGGCGGAUUCGACUUCAUGGAUAUAGCGGUAUGCAGACCAUUGAAGCCCAUCACAGAAAAGCUUCAAAUUGCGAACCACGGCACUGGGUGGACAGAUCUUGCCGACUGUCUUGGAGCACUUCCUCUUUUUGGUAACAACUUUGGAGAUUUAAUUAAACCAGAAGCAGGGAGUGUUGCAAAAUCCUGCAAUCAAUGUGGAUCUGAACCCAAUUUACCGUCUGGGAAGAAUUACGUGGCAGUAUGUGUCGAUGUCCUGAAAGAGAUUCGCGAAAGGAAUAAUGGGUGCAAGAAUACGACUCCGUGGCCGCUCAUAGACGGCCUCCGCUGUCAUAUUGACAAAACUGAUUUCGAACCCUGUCGGUGCAUCAGCUCUAAUAGGCCAGGCAGUAGCCAUGAUCGGGUUCAAGUGCUCUCAUCCAAAGACAGCUUCCUGGAUACAGCAUCGGCCAAUCCAAAUGAUAUUGACAGUAACGGUGCGGUCAUAUUCGGCCACAAACCGAUUGUCCACAAACGGAAUAAGAACGGAGGCAAUAUAUUCACCCGAAGUAGCCGGAAGACUACGACCAUGAAGAAAGGCUGUUCUCCUGGCGACAGCAUCCAAUUGCAGGUAAUGAAUACAGCGGUCGGGGUGCCUUCGUUAUCCGCAACAGAAGAUGGGAAUUCCGAGGCAAAUGAGAACCAGUUGUCCGACACCGUGAGCUCUGCUACCCCCGAUACUUUCACAUCGUCAGGAGCCAGUGGAGUGGACUCAAAUAAUACUACUAUGGAGCAGCAAAGUCAAACCUCAAACGCUGGGCCUCCAAAGCCAAAACCCGCUGUUGCGACACCACAAAUUGCAUCAGUUGCACCACCAAUAAUGUCUCUGAAAGGAUAUGGUAGGAAAUUAAGAGACAUCUGCCGAAGAGCUUGGGAGAAAAAAUAA